AAAAAAUAAAUUGACCAUGACAUGCGACGAUCUGCUGUCUGUCACGACAACAAUCCAAUGAAAGGCGAUAUGCUGUUGCUAAAUUUAGUGACAUCAGUUUAUGAGUGAACUUGGUCACGUGGGAGAUAAUACUUAACGCAACAAGGUUUCAGUGCAUUCCUAUCUGUUAGUGCUGGUACCUUUAGUAGUGUCAUAGCCUUCUUGUAGGCACGGACGGCAGCAAAAUGAGCAAAAAGCCCGAUGAAGGAAUCCUUAAAGAGAUAUUUCAACUCUACGAUACAACGGGAGGGGACAAGAUAGAAGUCAACCAACUCGGACAAGUUCUUAGAGCGGCGGGCUUAAACCCAACACAGAGUGAAGUCCACAAAGUAGAACGCGAUGUGGGCAAGGCAACCGUCUCUUUCGAGGAAUUUUUGCCCAUCUACAACUCUGUCGCUCAGCACAUGGCAAGUGUGACAAGCAAGGCCACCCCCGAGCAAGUCGUGGAUUGUUUUAAGCAUUUUGACCGAGAAGGAGGCGGUUCUAUUUCUUCUAGUAUGUUACGGCAUGUUCUUACUUCCCUGGGAGAGAAGCUCACGGACGAGGAGUUUGACUUGCUAACUACGGGGCAUGUAAGCUCAAAAGGCGAAAUCAAUUACGAAGUAUUUGUGCCAGCAAUAAUGGCCAAUGCUGACUACUAAUGGAACGUCUAUUUGAGAUAUACACUUUGAACAACAAUGGAUUUUUACUGACUUGAUACUACAAUGUAGUUAACGAUACUGUCUUUAUAUUGAAAGGCAAUAUAGGGUUGAAAUAGUUGGAAAUAUUGACUUCAUUGACACGCAUUGUUGACCUUAUCAUUAAUUAGCAAAGUCUAUUCCUUUUUUGUCCCUUCACUAGUAAUUUCAUCCUAAUUUUUUUCAAAAUCUAAAUGUCAAACGUUUUUUCUCUGUCCAAUUUACUCUUUUCUGUCUGGGUUUUGAAAGACUGGUAUGGCCUGAAGGAAGUCAAAGAAUGUCGCGUUAUUAAGAGCAAAGACUAUGUUGACGACAGCUUAAAGUAUACAUUGAUCUUUCAAGUCUUUAAACACAAAUUAACAUAUGGCAGCAUGAGAUAAAAAGAGAGAUCGAAAGUUUUUUAACCAUAAACCUCCAUUGUUUUGUAUUGCUAUGCUGUUAUGUCUGUCAUUGUCGGCGCGCGUGCGACUGUUGUAUUCAGUACGUAAAACACUUAAUAAUUGUGU